GCACUGGUAGCAACUUGAGAGGAGACCACAAGCCUUGUCAAAAUUAGCCGCAGCACAAAACAGUUCAAGCAUUUUUAUGUUAACAAGGUGUUCAGGGGGCUGUGCGCAUCUUUUUCUCAAACAGAGGAGCUUUGGACUUUAAAACUGGGGUGUCCAUCUCUUUUGAGUAAACCCUGCUAGCACUGGCUUCCACCCUGUGACUCACUGGUCACUAGAGGGGCCCCAUCAGAGUAAGGGCCCAAACUGUAUCUCCAGGUCCCCUCUCUGUCUGUGUGUGUGUGAGACCUUGUAUUGAGUCCUCUGGAGACUCCCGGCUUGCCCCGCUAAGAUGUCCUCCAUCUUGCCGUUCACCCCUCCUGUGGUGAAGAGGCUGUUGGGCUGGAAGAAGUCGACCAGUGGCCCGGCCGGAGCAGGAGGUGGAGAGCAGAAUGGGCAAGAGGAGAAAUGGUGCGAGAAGGCUGUGAAGAGCUUAGUGAAGAAAUUAAAGAAGACAGGCCAGUUAGAUGAGCUGGAGAAAGCUAUCACCACACAGAACUGCAACACCAAGUGUGUCACCAUCCCCAGCAAUUGCUCUGAAAUAUGGGGACUGAGUACACCAAAUACGAUAGAACAGUGGGAUACAUCAGGCCUAUACAGCUACCCUGACCAAACCAGAUCCCUGGAUGGCCGCCUGCAGGUCUCCCACAGGAAGGGGCUUCCCCAUGUUAUCUACUGUCGCUUGUGGCGAUGGCCGGACCUUCACAGCCACCACGAGCUGCGCGCCAUCGAGGCCUGUGAGUAUGCCUUCCACCUAAAGAAGGAUGAGGUCUGCAUCAACCCCUACCACUACCAGAGGGUGGAGACCCCAGUGCUGCCUCCUGUUCUUGUGCCAAGACACUCAGAAAUCCUGCCAGAGCUGCCACCUCUGGAUGACUACACUCAUUCCAUACCUGAGAACACAAACUUUCCUGCAGGAAUCGAACCUCCAAACAAUUAUAUACCAGAAACACCUCCACCGGGCUACAUCAGUGAGGAUGGGGAGGCCAGCGAUCAACAGAUGAAUCAAAGUAUGGACACAGGUUCUCCAGCAGAGCUCUCCCCCAGCACUCUGUCUCCUGUCAAUCACAGCAUGGACCUGCAGCCGGUGACUUACUCUGAGCCAGCCUUCUGGUGCUCUAUAGCCUAUUACGAGCUGAACCAGCGCGUGGGGGAGACGUUCCACGCCUCUCAGCCCUCGCUGACGGUGGACGGAUUCACAGAUCCAUCAAACUCUGAGCGUUUCUGCCUGGGCCUGCUGUCUAAUGUUAACAGGAACGCCACUGUGGAGAUGACCAGGAGGCACAUAGGAAGAGGAGUUAGACUCUACUACAUUGGAGGGGAAGUAUUUGCGGAGUGCCUGAGUGAUAGCGCCAUCUUUGUCCAGAGUCCAAACUGCAACCAGCGGUAUGGCUGGCAUCCAGCAACAGUGUGUAAAAUUCCUCCAGGUUGUAAUCUAAAAAUCUUCAACAACCAGGAAUUUGCAGCCCUGCUGGCUCAGUCAGUCAACCAGGGCUUCGAAGCUGUCUACCAGCUCACUAGGAUGUGCACCAUCCGCAUGAGUUUUGUCAAAGGCUGGGGAGCAGAGUACAGGCGGCAGACUGUCACAAGCACUCCUUGCUGGAUCGAGCUGCAUUUGAACGGUCCCCUGCAGUGGCUGGACAAGGUUCUGACCCAGAUGGGUUCCCCAUCUGCACGCUGCUCCAGUAUGUCCUAAACAGCUAAAGAAACGCCCCCCAAAAACGCAGCCCCUUACAUGAUCAUUAAAUUCUAAACUUGUGAGUCCUUUCAUGAAAAAAAUGGAACCCCCCUCCCCACCCACAGAAUGAAUUUUCUGUACCAUUCUUCAUAGUAUUUGUGGCCCAGUUCCACAUCCCUCUUUUAACUUUACACACAAAGACAUAAACACACACAUACACACAAGAACAAAUGCACAUACACUGUCGCACCCACACACACACACACACACACACACACACACACACACACACACACACACACACACAGACUUUCAGUAAAAAAAUUGGCACUUUGUUACCCAUCUAUGUCAUGCACCUUGUUAAAUUGCUUUUCCCCAAAUCCUUAAUAUUAGAUCUAUUUGUGGUACAAAUAAAAUGUAUAUUGGUUUUUAGUCCAGGAAGUAGGGGAAAUACCAAAAAUAUCUGUGAAUAGUUUCUCAGUAUUGACGAUUGCUUGUAUGAGUAACACCAGCUUGAAUGCUAAAAUGAUUUUUGUUCCAGCCCACCCCAACCAUUGUUCUGAACCUGAGUUUACUUUUCUCUGGGAAACUUGGCCCCGUCUUUUGUCAGGGGGAGGUGGCUUGGUGAAGAAACGAUGGCCUUGGUGGCCGUUCUCCUCUGAAGGAAACGCCACAAUGUGUUUAUGAAAUUUGAAUUGACUUUGCCAGAAUGGCCCUUUUUGUAACUCUUGACGUGUGUCGUUGUAAGACAUACUUCUUAAUGGACAAAUAGGAAUGUUAAUUAAAAAAGUAAUUCCAAAAAAAAAAAAACCCCGAACAAACUGCAAACUUUAUCUGGAUGUAGUUUAUUUCUUUGUCAUUAUAUGGCACUCUACAUGUCCUUGGUUUAGUUGAUUUACAUUGGACAGCCUGGUAUGGAAGUUAAUGAGACGUUGGCCAGGCUUUGCAAGGUGCACUGGGCAGGGACCAGAGAAUAUCAGCUGUUAUCAAAAGCUUUUUUCUUUUUUCUCUUAUUGACUCGACACUGGGAGUCCUGGGGCUCUCCGAGGUGAAGCAUUAAGUGUCUCACCAGGAGAAAUUGAAGGUAUCAAUGAAUUCAUUCUGUUUUUAGCCUAUAUCCCCAUUGUUUUGCUACUUUUUUGUAUUCUCAUGUAUUUUUAUAUAUAAAUAUACUUAAAAUUUUCUGUCGUUCACUUUUUAUUAAAGUAAUAUUUUCAAGACCACAGCUGUUUCUAAAGUGACAUGGAGGGCAUGGAUCAUUCCUUCGUUUUACCCAAAAGGUUUAGUUUGAAUUAAUUUCCAAUCGCAGCUCUUUGUCUUGGUAAAAAAAAAAAACAACAACAAAAAAAAAAAAAAACCCCCCCUGCCCCACAUGAUGUGUAGCCUGUUUCUAUCCUUUUUUUUUCCAAAGAAAUCUGGUGCAUUUAAAGUACACAAAACAACAGAUUUGCCUGAAAGCCAAAAUCAACUCUCCUGUAAUGGUUUUAAUGAUUCCAGAGGCAUGUAAAACUUUGUAAUGGCCAUUCAUUCAGUCAUCUCUUCACUUUUUUUUGGAAAACACACGUGACCUCUUGUAGCCUUUUGGUGCUUAUUCAAGCGGGUUAAGGUCAACCAGAUACAAUUGGCUUUUUAAAGUGUAACAGAAACAUAGGAGGAGAGCGUUUUUCUUCCAUGGGAAAAGAAGAGCGAAUGUGCCUGCACACUAGGACAUUCUGUGUUAAUGUGUGUAUUGUAUUUGUUCUGUCUAUAAAAUACAGUAUGUACAACAAGACUUAUUAGCCUAAACUCUGCCAUUCUUGUCAUUACGUGGCUGUUGCGAGUUUAACAUGUUUCCCCCUCCUCCCCUAUUUUUGAUGUAAAUGUGUUUACCUUAUGGCACUAGUGAUUGUACUUUAAGUGCACCUAGUGAAGUUUGGAUUUGGGGAACUGAACCAUGUGUUAGGGUCCAGUGUUACAUUGUUUUUAUCUUUGGCCUACAACAUAUGAAUGUGAAAAAAAAUACAUUACAAAAACUGACGUGGACCAGACGUACAUAUACAUAACAGUAGUACAGUAUGUGUGUAUUUAACAGUAAUCUUUUUGCAAAGCAGUCAGUACAGUAGAUGUCGCAGUUGUUUUACCAGUAGAGGGCGGUAUUGAUAGAGCAGUUCUUUUUUUUUUCUGACCAUAAGCUUCUCAGGCGUGUGGCAUAUUAUGCAGACUUCAUAAAACACUAAUAAAGAUUUUUAUUCUCAUGA